AUGGGGGGCGCUCUCAACUCCCACCCCCAUCUGCUGAGUCUCCGCAUCCCAAGCUCUGACCACUCCGGACGCUGUCUGGGAGCAGAGCCCUCGUCACUGUCUUCCUCUUCCCUCAGGAAUGACCCAGUCCCCUCCCAGAAGUUGGAGUUUCCUCCCGACACACAAAGCCACCUCACACCCGAGGACAUUCAGGUUCAACACCUGCACCCAGGGACGCAGCAGGAAGAGGAGGAGCUGCAGAAGCUGUCCCCACAGACCCCCUACUAUGACCUCGGGGCUUCCCCCGCCUACUGCCCCUUGGACUCUGGUCUAAAGGACACUGACAUCUACUAUGCAGAGCUGGACACCUCCGCCCUGAGACCCGUGCCAGGGCCUCGGACCACCAAGCCAGAGCCAGGAGAGGUUGUGGAAUAUGCCACCAUCCAGCUGGUCCUAGAGCCGAGGCCCAGGAUGCUGCCUGUGUUCUUCGGGGAGCGCAUCGAGGUGAACCCCGAGCCCACGCGGGAGAUCCGCUGCAACUCUGAGGUCAGGUACGCCUCGGAGCAGCACUUCCGGGACAAGGUGUUCUACGUGCCGGUGCCCACGGUCACAGCCUACAGCGAGACGGUGGUGGCGGCGCCCAACUGCACAUGGCGGAGCUACCGCUCCCAGCUGAGACUGGAGCCGCGGCCGCGCGCCCUGCGCUUCGCCAGCACCACCAUCAUCUUUCCCAAGCACGCCCGCAGGUCCUUCCGCACCACACUGCACUGCAGUCUCGGCCCUCCAGGCCGCAGGUUCGCCGCCAGCGUCCAGCUGGCCCAGCACGAAGCGCCCAGCCCCGAGGGGCUGUGA